AUGCCGAAUCUAUUUCUCAACACUCUCACAUUAAUUCGAGAAAUAACGAGAGCAAAUAUGCUGAUUACCAUUUUAUCGACUAGUUGGAAACCGUCUAUUCCACCAAAUUUCAUUAUUAAUCAAACUGUCCGUCUUGAACCAAUGAUUUAUGGCAAUUGUAGCUGUUCAAUCUCAUCAAAGUGUGUCUAUGCAUCCCGUGGAAUGUUAACUGGUUGUUAUCCGCUUGAAACCAUUCUACAAUCAACACUUGCUUGUUUUUAUAAUCAACAAUGUAUUGAUCCAAGCAACAAGUUCGGUGCAAUGAAUCUUUCACUUUCGACACCAACUCGUUUUUCUCUUGAUUCAACAAUCGAAUCAGUUGUAAAUCAAUUAAUGAUUGAAGAAUUCUACAGUAACGCUUCGUAUGACUCAUAUUUCAAUCAAUGCAAACCAUUACUAUGUACAUAUUCAUAUGCUGAUAAUAGUCACAUUAUCGAAGGAAUUACAACUCUGAUUGGUCUUUAUGGCGGUUUAUUGAUCAUCUGUCGUUUAUUAGCGAUGAUUAUUGUCAAACCAUUUCGAUGUUUGUCAUCACGAGUAGUUCCAAUCGGUGAACAAGUUCAACCCCCAGCAUGA